UGAAGAGAUAGGCCAGUCAAAACCUGAUAUGCAUUGGGACACGGUGUACCGCACAUGCCAUCCCUGCAUGAUCAAGUACGACUUCAUUGGUAAGAUGGAAUCGUUCAAUGAUGACGUGAACCUGUUCCUUCAUCAAAUCAAUGCGCGAAAGGAUAUAGUACUUCAUGAAGACUACACAAGUAAACUUGAUAAUAUUUUGAUAGAGGUUCAAAAUUUCUAUGACAGAGUUAAAAAAGCUGUAGAAUGCGGAUUAACAUUUGAGGAAAUCGUCAAACGUUAUUGGGAGGUUUUAUUUCAUAAAAACUUGAUCACCCCGCCAACAACACUUCCAAACAUACAAAAAUC